AUGAGCGGCGAGAUCGAUGCCCUCUACAUAUUUGACGAGCACAACGCCCCUCUCGUCGAGCAUGUUUACCGAUCCCGCCCGCCAUCGGCCGCGGCCAUCCUGCCCCUCUACCUCGCUCAUGCUGCCCCGCGACCGUCCUUGAUAUAUCUCCCCGGGACUACACCUCCAGUGACAGUUUUCUCAACUGUGCAGUCCAAUCUUCUGUUCCUCGCUGUGUCCGAGGUAGAUACGGAGCCGCUCUUGGUUCUGGAGUUCCUGCAUCGCGUGGUCGAUGUACUCGAGGAGUUUGUCGGCGCUCCAUUGCUAUCUACCAAGAUACAAGCCAAUUAUGAGGUUGUAGCCCAGCUACUUCAUGAGAUAUGUGAUGGCGGAGUGGUGUGUAACACCGAGCCCAAUGUCUUGCAAGAAGUCGUGGAGGUGCCGGGGUGGAUGGGGAAGCUCCUCGGAGGUAUCAGCGUGCCUGGCACAUCGGCGCCUACGCUUGGAACAACCAACCCUCUAAAGCAAUCGCUGGCUGCAGCCAGCGCAGCCCAAGGCCCCGCAAUUCCAUGGCGGCGCUCUGGGGUUCGACACACCUCCAAUGAGCUAUAUGUCGAUAUCAUCGAAUCUUUAUCUGUGACAAUGGCUCCUUCUGGCAGGUUACUUUCCGCAUUGGUUUCGGGGACUAUCGCCUUCACCGCAAAGAUAUCUGGUGUGCCGGAUUUGCUUCUGUCAUUAUCAGCGCCAGGUGGUCAACAAUCCCUCGCGCGCAAGAUUGAACUACCCGUGUUCCACCCGUGUGUUCGCCUAGCUCGUUGGCGGGAUCGACCGGGUGAGCUCAGCUUUGUACCUCCGGAUGGACGGUUUAUUCUAGCAGGCUAUGAAGUGGAUCUACUCCCCAUAGACCCGAGUCUCGAUCAACCGCCUAGUCACAUGGAGAAGCUGUUCCUUCCUGCGAUUGUGGAUAUUAGAAAGGGACUGGGACCUUCCGGUGCAGACUUUGAAGUACGACUGACUCUGAAUACAAACUUCCCGGGGCAGACUUCAUCAUCGCGGCCAGCUGCGUCGCGCGGUGGAUCGGGAACAUCAACGCCCUCCUUCCUUGGUGGCGGUAGCGGAAACUCCUCUGGGCCGGUUCUGGAGGAGGUAGUCGUGACCGUUCCUAUUUCUAAAUCUGUGCGGCACAUCACGGACAUGCAGGCCAGUCGCGGUGAUGCGCAGUUCACCCAUGCUAGCGGUCUUCUCGAAUGGCGAGUUCCGACAGGCAAGGAUGCUGGGACGAUAUCCGGUACCGCAACCCUUCGCUGUACUGUGUCCGGCUACCCGUCCCCGGAUGAAGAUCUGGACGAUAGUCUAGAGGAUGAAGAUGCCGAUACAAACCUCCUUCAGGGCUACUACGAGGCCCCUACUUCCUAUGACCCAUCUACCAGCACUACCAGGAAGAGCCGAGACCCUUCCAAACGAAAGAAGAAAAAGAAGAAGUCCAGCAAAAAGUCCCGGGCGGCUGAAGAAACCGGGGAGACCCCUGCUGACGGCGCAUCGGAAGAACGAACCAAAGCUAAAACUCCAUCCCCCAACCAUUCCAAACCUCACACACCGCAACCUCAAGCCCUCGCGCACUCUUCCUCUCAGCUUCCAGCCUUCUUCACGCCUUCUUCUUCUACCUUCCGCUCUACUCCCCGCAGAACCAAAGCCCAAAUCAACGCCAGCCUGAUGCCGAACUCAGCCUCGGUCUCCUUCUCCGUGCGCGGCUGGCUUCCAUCCGGUAUCAAGGUCGAGAGUCUAAACAUUGAUCAACGCCGCAGUCGUGGUCUAGGAGAGAGUGUCAAGCCAUAUAAGGGGGUGAAAUACCUCUGUGUAAGCAAACGCGGAGUGGAGCGACGCUGUUAA